GAGCUGCUCUGACUGCCAGAGCUGCACGACAGACAGAGUGCUGCGAGGAGGAACAAACAACCAGCUCGCUUUGACACGGCUUGGAAGCUCUCGAGAUGUACCGACUGACCUUGGCGGCACUUGCGGUUCUGCUCUGCUCCUCACACUCAGUGAAUGGAGGGAAAAUCUUGUUGUUUCCUGUGGACGGAAGCCACUGGAUCAAUAUGAAAGUCCUUGUUGAGGAGCUUCACUCCAGAGGCCAUGAGAUCACAAUGUUGAGACCUUCAGACAGCUGGUACAUCAAGACAGAGUCACCUUACUACAAGUCCAUCAAUCUAAAUUCUUCUGCUGGAUUUGAUGAGAAACGCUUUGGGUCAUUUGUAACAACGAUGAUCAAACUGCAACGGGAGGGUGCUUCAGCUUGGGCUCAUUUAUCCUUGGUGCAUACACUUAUAGAACAGCUCUAUCAGAUAACUAAGCAGAGUCUUCAUAUGAUGGAGGACAUUUUUGAGAAUGCAGAAUUGAUGCAGAGCCUUCAGGAUGCCAAAUAUGAUUUGGUUCUAACAGACCCAGCUCUCGGUGGAGGGGUGCUGCUGAGUCACCGUUUGGGUCUUCCACUUGUCUUGAAUGUUAGGUGGACUAUCCAGGGGGAGGGGCAUUAUGCAAUUGCACCUUCACCCCUUUCGUAUGUCCCAGUAGCAGGGUCAGAACUUACUGAUAAGAUGACAUUUUCAGAGCGGGUCAAGAACGUUUUUAUUUUUCUGUUCGCAUGUUUUCAAACUUGGUACAUCACAGAUCCAAAUUACAUCCCAUUCGUCCAUCGUUACUUUGGAAAGGACGUACAUUACAUGGAGCUGUUUCAGGCAGCAGACAUCUGGCUGAUGAGGAAUGAUUUUAUCUUUGAGUUCCCACGACCCACAAUGCCAAACAUAGUCUACAUGGCAGGAUUUCAGUGCAAACCCUCCAAACCCCUGUCUAAAGAACUAGAGGACUUUGUCCAGAGCUCAGGUGAACAUGGUGUCAUCAUUAUGACAUUGGGAACCCUGGUGGAAAAACUUCCUGAGGACAUCACAGAGGACAUUGCUGCUGCCUUUGCCCAACUUCCUCAGAAGGUGAUCUGGAGGCACAAAGGUAAAAGACCAUCUACUCUUGGCAACAACACCUUAAUGUUGGACUGGCUGCCUCAAAAUGAUCUCCUGGGUCAUCCAAAGACCAGAGCAUUUGUGGCCCAUGGAGGCACCAACGGAGUGCAGGAGGCCAUCUACCAUGGUGUUCCUCUUGUUGGCCUGCCUCUCAUAUUCGACCAGAAGGACAAUUUCUUCAGGGUGAAAGUACGAGGUGUUGCCAAAGUUCUGGACAUUGCAACUGUGAACAAGGAUAACUUCCUGGAGGCUGUUAAGGAGGUACUCCAUGAUCCCUCCUACAGCGAGAAGAUGAAGACAAUGUCUAACCUGCACAGGGAUCAGCCAAUGAAACCACUGGACCGUGCCAUGUUCUGGAUUGAGUUUGUCAUGAGGCACAAAGGAGCACGGCAUCUGAGGACCGAGUCCUACAAAAUGUCCAAGAUCCAGUACUAUUCAAUUGAUGUGGUAGCGUUUCUGAUUGCAGUUAUUUUGUUAGUAUUUACUAUUUUUAUUUCUGCAGUAAAGCUUAUAUGUCGGAUAUUGCUUUGUAAAGGUAAGGUAAAAAAGGAGUGAUGAUGAGCAAUAAAAUUGUCAGAUCUAA